AUGCCCAUAUAUUCUCCGAAAGUUGGUAGUUUUUCACCUCGUAAGAAACUUGAAAACGCUGACAGACGAUUCAACGUCAAUGUUUGUGCUGGUAAUCCAGUGGCAACAGGUCGUUUAGCUUGGGUUCAAAACACAUAUCCAGCAAAAUAUAAUUUUGCAGCCGAGAAUUGGGAAUCUUUGGAAGGUGUGAAAUCAAAGACGAAGAUGCGAGGAGGUCAUCUUCUUCUCUAUCGUUUUGUCAUCGUAGUGGCUCUAGUUGGCGUCGGUAUAUGUAACAUAGUCAGUACAGGUUCUAUUGCUGGAUCUGUUCUUAUUUGCCUUCUUUACACAGCACUGUCGGGCUACAAUACUUUUGUUUAUUAUCGGAAUGGAACAGUUAUCCAUGAUAGAAUGAUAAAAGUUAAAGAUCGAUAUCUGACAAGUUAUAGAAAUGAAUUUUUUACUAUUCCAAUUCAUGCUAACAUACAAGAUCAACAAUUAAGUGGAAUGAUUGGCAAGGAUUCCUUAGUCGCAAUGAUCGGACAACAAGAACAACGGCGUGAAAAUAUCGACUCGAUCGACAUCAUGAUUUACAAAAAAGCUUAUUUGGAAUAUACAAACUUUCCCGGCGAAGCUAUCGUACAUUUAUUAGUUUUUUGGGUUAUAUUUGGUAUCACUAUUGGAGUUGCCAAAUCAAGAUAG